AACACACGGGAGUCUCCACAGCUUUGCAUCCCAAGCUGAGCACGAUUUGCUGCAAUCGCCAACAGAAUCCAGACACUCAGUUGCAGAAUUAUGCACCGCGCCUACCAGCCGAUUCUCCCAAGUGGAAGCAAAUACCUUCAACAGAAAUGGGAUCGCGCUUAUUACGAGGAGCACCGGCGAAAGGUUCAAUCCGCCAAGCCGAUCAUUCACACGCAAUCUCCUGAAACUUACCCUCAUCUUCACCUGAGACUAAAGAAAUUAAAGCUUCAGGAGGACCGUCUUUCUACCAUUGAGAGAGAUAACCAAUUACUGCUCACAAAGAUUGCUGGCAUUAUGAGGACUACAGGACGUGUUGACAACAAGAAUGAAUACACAUCUAAAAGUUUAAAUAAAGAGAAGCAUCAGAAAGAGCUGCUGAGAGUCUCUCGGGAGAACAAAGCCAUCCUGGAACGCAUUAGACACUGUGAGCCACAGUACAACCAUCUCAAGUGGCACGAAGAGCGGCAUGAAGCUGAGAAGUACAUGGAUAACAUUGCUCGAUACCCCCGAGGCUACUCCAGUGCAGAAAACACAAAGUCUAAAUCUAAAAGAAGCAGGACAGCAUUAGCUAAAGAACCAAACAAAGGUACAAACCAGGAGAAGAAUGGUCCUGAGAAAAAGACUAAAGAAAACACAGACAACGCAGGUCACGGAUCAAAUGAAAGUAACUGAAAGAAGUUGACCACUAGAUAUUUGCCACCCUUAUCUCAACCAAUUCCACUCAUUCCUUGUAUAGAUUCCUUUGCAAAACUGAGAUUUUUUCUGAGAUUUUCC